AUGGCAAUGGGUACAACAGAUGCGGCCGGCGCUCUACCGGUGAAGUCGGCGACCACUCUGGUGAGCAACAACGCCGUUGAUUUUCGCGGGAGGAUUGCCGAUAAGGUCACCACUGGUGGAUGGAGAGCUGCGCCUUUCAUCAUCGUGAAUGAGGUGGCGGAGAGGAUGGCUUUCUAUGCAAUUGCGGUGAAUAUGGUGCUGUUCUUGGAGAAAGAGAUGCAUGAAGCCUUGCCGGAGGCGAGCACUCACGUCACCGAUUGGGUUGGCGCCGCCUUCGUCCUCACCAUUCUCGGCGCCUUUCUCGCCGAUGCUUAUUUCGGCCGCUUCAUCACCAUUCUCAUCUUCUCCUCCGUUUAUGCCGUGUCCUGGUACUUGAUCUGUGUUGAAACCCUUGAACAGGGAAUCGUACUUCUCACCUUAGCGGCCAGCAUCGACGCAUUCCGCCCCCCACCAUGCCAACUAAACGGCGGCGGCGGCGACUGCCGGCCGGCAACAAAAGGACAAAAUGACUUUCUUUUCGGAGCGCUCAGUCUGAUCGCGAUUGGAACCGGCGGCAUCAAGCCCUGCAUCUCCUCCUUCGGCGCCGACCAAUUCGACGAAUCCGACAUUAACGAGUCCCGCAAAAAGUACUCUUUUUUCAACUGGUUCUUCUUCGCCUUAAACGUCGGCGUCCUCAUCGGCAUCACGCUUGUCACCUACAUCGAAGAUCGCAAGGGCUGGGGUUGGGGCUUUGGGAUGUCGGCCAUCGCCACCGUGGCCUCCGUCGCCGCCCUGCUCUCCGGCAUCCCUUACUUCCGCCAUCAGCGUCCUCGAGGCAGCCCCUUCACUCGCUUUCUGCAAGUCAUCGUCGCCGCUUGCCGCAACCAAUUGAACGGAGUGAAAGUUGAGAGCAGAGAGCAGCUCUUCGAGGUUAUGACAGAGGAAUCCGUCAUCCACGGCGCGAGGAAGCUCCAGCAUACAAAUCAGUUCAUGUUUUUGGAUAAAGCGGCGGUGAAGACUGUCGCCGGAGAUAGCUUCGAAGUCAGCCGGUGGAGACUCUGUACCGUGACGCAGGUGGAGGAAUUCAAAUCGUUCUUAAGAGUGCUCCCAAUUUGGGCGGCGACAAUCGCGUUUCCCCUUGCUUUCGCCCAAAUCAAUCUUUUCAUUUCUCAAGCCGUAAUCAUGGACCGUCAUAUGGGCGGCGAUUUCACGGUUCCGCCGGGAUCGGUCGCCGUUUUUACGGCAGUAAACGCGGUUAUCUUCGUCCCUUUGUACGAAAGAUAUGGGGUCGGAAUGUUUAAGCGUUUCACAGGGAACCCGCGCGGGCUCACGUCUCUGCAGCGAGUGGGGAUCGGGUUGGCGAUCACAGUUCCGGCCUUUGCCAUCGCCGGCGGCGUGGAGCGCCAUAGGAGGAGCUCGGUGCCGACAAAGUUGACAUUUUGGUGGCUGUUUCCUCAGUAUUUUUUGCUGGGAUUUGCGGAGGUGUUUACUUAUGUUGGUCAGCUGGA